AUGACCGUCUCUCGUGCUCUCCUUUUGAUUGCAUUUGUCCUCGCCCUUGGUAGUGCGCUUCGCCCACAGCUCAAGUUCAUAUGGCAUUGUUUCAUCCGCCCUCUUCGCGCGGGCGAUCUGAGUCAGCGAACGAGACUGGACAAUUUUUACAAAGGCCAAGCGGACGUUUAUGAUGCAACUCGAAGUGGUCUUCUAAGAGGCCGGAACACCAUGCUCAGUCUUUCUGCCAGUCAUGUCCGGACUAUGCGCGCCAAAAACCCUAAUCAGAAAUUAAUCUGGGUUGAUAUAGGCGGAGGAACAGGCCACAAUAUCGAGCUUAUGGAUAGGCACUUUUCGGUGUCUUCCUUCGAUGCUAUCUAUCUCAUCGAUCUUUGUGAACCCCUCCUCCAGGUUGCCAGGGAGCGCUUCGCUAAGCGGGGAUGGACAAACAUCACAGUACUGUGUCAAGAUGCAACCGAGUUCGCUCUUCCUGAGUGGACGCGGAGUGACCCAAAAGGGAGCGUGAGUUUCGUGACACUCAGCUAUUCACUCUCAAUGAUACCCAAUUUCUAUGCUCUUUUAGACCGUAUCGAUUAUGUCCUUUCCCCUGAAUACGGUCUUUUGUCUGUCGUCGACUUUUACACUUCUGGAAAGCAGCCGUCAUUACACGAGAAGGCCAUCGGAGGCACGAGCAAGGAAUGCGGUUGGCUUAGCAGGUGGUUCUGGCAGAUCUGGUUUGACUUUGACCAUGUGUCAUUGUCACCGCACCGUCGAGAUUACCUGGAAUACAAAUUCGGCACGGUCAAGACCUACAACGGCAGAAAUCGCUUUGUUAUUCCCUUCAUCGUCCGCAUACCCUACUACAUCUGGCUUGGUCGCUCACGUUCGUGUGAUGUAUCUCGUUUCUGCCAUGCCUUUGAAGUCGAAGGCGGCAAUAUGAUCGGCAAUUGUUCACCAGCAUCCUUUACGACUAUCAAGGAUUCCGAAGCUAUACCACCACUCGAGAUCGGAGAACCCGCUCUUAAGACUCAAGCUUCGGACGCAGAUGCACUUAUCACUGUAACCCCGCCUUUGAGCUCCUUCCACUACCAGCUAGGAAAGCCUUGGAGACUCCCGUACUACGAGCAGGCUGUACAUAAGGAGUUUCGAACGUUCAUAUAUUCAUUCACAUGGGAAGAUCCCGAGGUGGAUAUGAAGUACCUUGAUCUUGGACCCGAAGACUCGAUCUUGGUUAUCACAUCAGCAGGUGACAAUGCUUUGCAUUACGCCAUAGCAGCGCAGCCUAAGAGAAUUCAUUGCGUGGAUAUGAACCCUUGUCAAAAUCAUUUGCUAGAGUUGAAGCUCGCAUGUAUGCAAACUCUUGAGUAUGAAGACUUCUUUGCCAUGUUCGGCGAUGGUCAUCAUCCCAAAUUCCGUGCACUCCUCGACUCUAAGAUCGCUCCUCUUCUCUCUUCCAUCGCCUAUCAAUUUUGGAACAUCAACGACAACGCUUUCUUCGGAGCCUUCUAUCUGAACGGAUACAGCGGCUGGGCACUGCGUCUCGCCAAAGUCAUUUUUUCAAUCGCUGGAGUAUCGAAAGAUGUAGAAGCUUUAUGCAAUGCGGGCAGCAUAGCCCAGCAGGAGCAGAUCUGGCGCGAGAAGCUGAAGCCCGUCCUCUUGAACCCCGCAGUUAUUGCCAUGCUCAAGAGCCCUAUAUUCUGUUGGAACGCAUUGGGUGUCCCCCUCAACCAGCGCCGCAUGCUCCUCGAUGAAGGGACCAUAUAUGAGUUCGUAAGAGAUACCCUGGACCCUUUGCCAUCGACGUAUUCUUUUAAGGGUGGCGCUUACUUUUACCCAUUGGCGCUUCGUGGGCACUAUACACCAUCCUCCUGCCCAGAAUAUCUGACACGCUCCGGAUUUCAGGCUCUCAAAGCUAAUAACGGCGAAGCUACGGAUGCAUUUAGGUUGCACACCGAUUCGAUAUAUAACGUCCUACGAGGAUUGACUUGCUGGUCUCUCACCCGAGCCGUCAUUAUGGAUCACCUCGACUGGUUUUUACCAGGAUCCAAGGACGUGGACGAUGAGGUUGACGAGUUUUAUCGCGUGCUUUCGCCCGGCGGCUUCGUUCUCUGGCGCUCUGCAGCCAGGAAGCCAUGGUACUGCGAAGUAUUUGAGCGCAAGGGUUUUACCGUCACUGCUUUGGGAGUCAGGAAGGGGCCCGAGAUGCCACUAGACCGUGUCAAUAUGUACGCGUCAUUCUGGCGGGCGGUGAAGACGACAUAGUGCUGUGGAUUGUUGUAGAAAUACAACUUGCGCACGACUUUUCGUCAAGAUACCACUACGAUAUAAGUAUUCCAAUGUUUUUGGUGUAUCUGCUUUAUUGAUGAUAUUUAUGCCUUGAAUCGAGCUGUUGUUAUUUGACGUUUAUUGCCAGUCCUGCA